UGCCAACAUUGGGCUUCAAAGAUAAUGGGUCGAAGGAGCCGCAGAAGUUAGCAGGCCCAAAGAGACAUAUCUCAAGAGAACGAACCGGUGAGACUCUCUGUGACACCAACCGACGGCUAUGGCAACCAUUUUCAGAUUCUCACUUGGUCUACUCCCGGUUUCCGCCGCCUUGACAUGUUGCUCAAUCCGGUUCCCCGUUUCAAGACCCGCUUCGUUGAACCGUAAUCUGUAUCAUUUAUCUUCUUCUUCUUCUUCUUUGAAGACCAAAGCAGGUUGGCUACUGGGCCUCGGGGACAACAAGAAAAAGAAAGUGGAUUUACCGGAUCUCGUGGCAGCUGGAGAUCCGGUUCUCCACGAAAAGGCCCGAGAAGUCGACCCGGAAGAAAUCGGGUCGGAGCGUAUUCAGAAGAUAAUUGAUGAUAUGGUUAAAGUAAUGAGAUUGGCUCCUGGAGUUGGCCUUGCUGCUCCUCAGAUUGGUGUCCCCUUAAGAAUCAUUGUUCUUGAAGAUACAAAAGAGUAUAUUAGUUACGCAUCAAAGGAGGAGACUUUUGCUCAAGACAGACGUCCCUUUGAUCUUAUGGUAAUGGUGAAUCCGGAGCUUAAAGCGAGUAGCGACAAGAAAGCUCUCUUCUUUGAAGGAUGUGUGAGUGUUGAUGGAUUCAGAGCUGUGGUGGAGAGACACCUUGAAGUGGUAGUGACAGGCUACGAUCGUCAAGGGAAGCAGAUUCAGGUGAAUGCUUCAGGCUGGCAAGCGAGGAUUUUGCAGCAUGAGUGUGAUCAUUUGGAUGGUUAUCUUUAUGUCGAUAAGAUGAUACCACGCACUUUUAGGACAGUCGAUAACUUGGACUUGCCUCUAGCAGAAGGCUGUCCUAAACUCGGACCUCAAUGACAUAGAUAUUAAGUUUGUUAUGUAAUGUAAUGCUUUACUUCCUAAACUCUCUAAAGAUCGAGUGAGCUUCAUGUCUUCAAAGGUUGUCUUUUACGGACAGUAUUAUUAAUUUAAUUCAGAACAUAUCACACA